UUCCGUGUUUCGCGAAUCGUUGCCACAAAUAUUUGCGGUUUUCGUGAAGAAUUUGAUUCUCGUAGGAUUUGGAAUGACAUGGGCCUUCCCGAGAAUCACCCUAGACGGUUUGGAAGACAGCAGCGAAAUAAUAGAGAUAAACGAGGAUCAGGUGGCUUGGAUAUAUAGUACGAAUUUAUUUUUCGUACCGAUCGGUUGCUUGGUUUCCGGUUUCUUGUGCAAGAGAUAUGGAAGGAAGAGAACUUUGCAGUAUGCCAACAUUCCAUUGGCAUUUGGUUGGAUGUUGUUUAGAUUCUCGAAAUCUUUGUGGCAAAUCUAUUUUGGUUUAGGAAUGUUCGGAUUCCUUUUGGGAUGCAUCGAAACUUCUGUGAUACAUUACACGUGCGAAAUAUCGAAGCCGAAGCUGCGAGGUUUCUUCGUGGCUUCUUCAACGCUCUUCUUCAUCGGAGGUGCUCUUUUGGAGGAUUUGCUAAGCUUCUGCUUCACGUGGAGGGACGUGGCUUUAUGCAAUUUCGUGUUUCCUUUAGCCGCAUUCAAUUUGGCUAUUUUGUUGCCGGAAUCGCCUCAAUAUUUGAUUGAAAAAGAAGAUUUCAUUGAGGCUCGAGAGAGUUUAGCUUGGUUUCGAGGUUGGGUGGAUGCUGAAGAAGUGGAGGAGGAAUUCAAAGAGGCGAUGAAAGAAGUUAAGAGCGAUAACAAAUUGAAUUUUUUUGCCGCUUUUUCGUUGAUCACGUUUCUGUUUUUGGUGCAGAGCUUCGGCGGAUCGGCGAAUUCCGAGAUCUUGAAAAUGGUCGAUUCUUCGCUUAACGUCGUUUUUCUGAAGAUCUUCGUGCACGUUUUGGAGAUCGUCGGUUGUUUGUUGUGCGCGUUUUUGGUGAAUCUUAUAGGGAAAAGACCGCUCACCUUCCUCACACUCAUCCUUUCAACAUUGUGUCUAACCUCCAUUGCGGUUUACGGAUACAUAAGAACUUUAUCCGAAUCCAGCUGGAUACCAUUAACUUUAACUUUGAUUUUCUUAGUAUUUUCGCACGCUGGUAUCCGAAUCCUUCCUUGGAUGUUGAUCGGAGAGAUCUUCAGCCACGAGAGGAAAUGUUUGGGUUCAGCUUUGUGCGCUGCUAUAGCCUACACCUCAAGUUUCCUCUCCGACAAACUUUUCAUACUAACCACCGAAUACCUAAACUUAACCCACGUUUUUUCCUUUUACGCUGCCAUAAAUUUUGUAGCUUUGAUAAUCCUGUUCUUCGUUCUACCGGAAACGGAAGGAAAGACUUUGGUGGAGGCCGGAAUCGGUGAGAGAAAACUCUCCCGACGUGAAUCCGCUGAAGAUUUGUUCCAGGUGAAUUUGACUCGCGACGAAAACAGUUACAAGAAAUUCGCCAAUUUCGAUUCUUCCAUUUAAGCAAUAAAA